GAGAGAGAGGCCGUCGGGUACAGAGCAGAGGUUACCACAGGACACUCCUGCCUUUAAGGCUGCUGGACGUCAACAAGCAGCAGCGACAGGCGCACAAACCCAGACCUCCGCGGAUAUAUCGACCUACCUCACCGCCGUCAGUUUUACGUUUGGAUAUUCUGCUACUUGAACACACAGCGGCAAGUUCAAAGUCACCUAUGACUGUGCGCUUUUAGCGUUAUCGUGUCAGUGCUGUUUUUUAUUCUGUGGACGCUUUGGCUCGACACGGAGCUCACUGGAUCUUUUUACUUUUCGGUGGCGGAUACGUUCAUUCAUUGCAUUCCUGGGUUUAAGGACAACUAGUACCGACUGUGACAUUAAGGAGUCGUCUGUAAACGAAACGGGCUGUUCGCCUGCCUGGAUACGAGGAUUAGCAAGCGAUACUGCUAUUUCAUUGUUAUUUCAGCUACUAUAAAAAUACUGAGGCAAACCCGUUUAAAAGCAUAGAGACAUAGGCUUCAGGCGCUGAGGUAAUAAACUCUUGAAACAUUAUACACACUACACUUGUACUGGUGCAUAGUAAUGUAAUAUAACAGUAUUUCUUUUCCGUAGUUGCCUUCUUAAUCUCUGGUGCUACAAAGUAACGAGGGCUUCAACUCCACCAGCAGUUAGGUCGGUGGCACUUGUAGCAUUUGGACUGGAAGAAGAAGAAGAAGAAGAAGAAGAAGACAACAACGUUGAAUUUGUCGUGUUAACUCGCUCCGGACAUGCAAAAACCAUAUAACGAACAGCAAAGAGAGCGAAAAUAAACACAGUUGAUCGCCUGUCCUCCUUCAAGGGCUGAAAGGUCACCGGGAGCGGUCAUAUCUUUUUCGCUCUUCACCCUCCUCCUCCUCCUCCUCCCAUCAGUCUGUUACGAAGAUGUGAACUCUUCCCUCCCUCCCUCCCUCCCGCUCUUCCUCUUUCUCUCCUCGCUGUUCAGGACGCUUUGAUCUUUUUUUUUCCCUUCUGUUUGCUACAAGGAGAUCAAACGCGACUCGCUUCUCCCGGGGAUGUACGAAAGCGUAGAUGUUGUGGGUUUUAGCCCCAGCCCCAGCAGCCCCAGUCCCGGCUCCUUUCUCAGCAUGGACUACUACCACAGACCCCCUGGGCUCGGGCCAGAGAAGGGACUCCUGUCCGGUGUCGGGGGACUCCAGCGUCCGUUCGGAGGGUCCCUGGUGACUGGUAGGCACUGGAGCGGAUCCAGCCACUCUAUAGAGACCGAAAGCACGAGUUCAGGAGAGGACCUGCUCAUACCCAGCCCCCCUUCACCACCUCCUCCGCCUCGCAUCUACAAGCCCUGCUUCGUAUGUCAGGACAAAUCUUCAGGAUACCACUAUGGAGUCAGCGCCUGUGAGGGUUGCAAGGGUUUCUUCAGGAGGAGUAUCCAGAAGAACAUGGUGUACACAUGUCACAGAGACAAAGUCUGUGUCAUAAACAAGGUGACGAGGAACCGGUGCCAGUCCUGUCGACUGCAGAAAUGCCUCGAUGUUGGCAUGUCCAAGGAACUGGUGCGAAAUGACAGAAUGAAGAAGAAGAAGGAAGAGAAGAAGCAGGGGGAGGCAGAGAUCUACGUCUUGUCAGCAGACACGGAGCAGAUGAUUGAACGAGUUCGCCGCGCCCAUCAGGACACAUUUCCCUCCCUCUGUCAGCUGGGAAAAUACACCACGAGCAACAGCUCCGAGCACCGCGUCUCUCUGGACGUCAGCCUAUGGGACAAGUUCAGCGAGUUGUCCACUAAGUGCAUCAUUAAGACAGUGGAGUUUGCCAAGCAGCUGCCUGGCUUCACAACGUUAACCAUAGCUGACCAGAUUACCCUGCUCAAAGCCGCCUGCCUCGACAUACUGAUUCUAAGGAUCUGCACCCGCUACACCCCAGACCAGGACACCAUGACUUUCUCCGACGGUUUGACGCUGAACCGCACACAGAUGCACAAUGCCGGGUUUGGCCCUCUCACAGACCUUGUGUUCUCCUUCGCCAACCAGCUGCUCCCGCUGGAGAUGGACGACGCAGAGACAGGAUUACUAAGCGCCAUCUGCCUGCUCUGUGGAGACCGUCAGGAUCUGGAGGAGGCAGACAAGGUGGAUGUUCUUCAGGAGCCAAUUGUUGAAGCCUUGAAGAUCUAUGUGAGGAGGAGGAGGCCUGAUAAACCCUGUAUGUUUCCCAAGAUACUGAUGAAGAUUACUGACCUCAGGAGCAUCAGUGUGAAGGGAGCAGAGCGAGUAAUCACACUGAAAAUGGAGAUACCUGGAUCCAUGCCUCCUCUCAUCCAGGAGAUGUUGGAGAACUCUGAGGGACUGGAGGGGCAUGGAGCUGGGGGAGGGAAAGGAGGAGGUGGAGGGGGGAAGGGGAGAGGAGGUAGAGAAGAGGAAGACACAGAGCUCAGAAGCUGUCAUCCAAGUCCAUCACCCGAAUUAGUUCCCUCUCCCAGUCCAAGCACUGCGUCCUGCUCCCCCUCCCCCUCCACCUGACGUUCUGCACUCAGCACCUUUGCGCCACACAGCGCCACCCUGCAAGCGUGGUGUGGUGCUGCAAGGAGAACAGCCACACAGCAGAAAAGACUGCACAUCAUAACAGAUGACCUGGAGGACAAAGUCUGAAUGUGUUAACCCAAAAUCUCUCUGAAUGAGUGGUUACUUUUGUCUGAUAUCAGUUAAACCUGACCAGUCAGGAGGGAGGCUAAAUGUCUUUGUACAAGUACUACAGGUAGUGUGUGAGGGUGAAUGAAAAGCAGGCACAUUAUGCUGUUGGGACUGUUUGUCUUCUAACUUCAUGUUUUUAUCCAAAAAUGCAAUAAAAAUGAUUUUCCA